GGGGGAGCCGGCCACCGCGGUCGCCGGCACACCGCCCAGCAUGGUCCGGGAAACAAGGCACCUCUGGGUCGGAAACUUACCGGAGAACGUGCGGGAAGAGAAGAUCAUUGAACAUUUCAAACGAUAUGGCCGCGUGGAAAGUGUCAAAAUUCUCCCCAAGCGGGGCUCUGAAGGAGGAGUGGCUGCCUUUGUGGAUUUUGUGGACAUCAAAAGUGCACAGAAAGCUCACAACUCCGUCAACAAAAUGGGAGACAGAGACCUUCGCACGGAUUAUAAUGAACCAGGCACUAUUCCAAGUGCUGCUCGGGGACUGGAUGAUACAGUUUCCAUAGCAUCUCGUAGUAGAGAGGUUUCUGGGUUCAGAGGAAGUGGUGCAGGGCCUGCUUAUGGUCCCCCACCAUCACUUCAUGCACGAGAAGGACGCUAUGAGCGGAGACUCGAUGGGGCUUCAGAUAACAGGGAGCGUGCUUAUGAACAUAGUGCCUAUGGACACCAUGAACGGGGGACAGGAGCAUUUGAUCGGACAAGACAUUACGAUCAGGAUUACUAUAGAGACCCUCGAGAGCGGACUUUACAACAUGGGCUCUAUUACACUUCUCGGAGUCGAAGUCCAAACCGCUUUGAUGCUCAUGACCCCCGAUAUGAACCUAGGGCUCGGGAGCAGUUUACACUGCCCAGUGUGGUACACAGGGAUAUCUACAGGGACGACAUUACCCGGGAGGUACGAGGCAGAAGGCCAGAGCGCACUUACCAGCACAGCAGGAGUCGCUCGCCACAUUCAUCCCAGUCUAGAAACCAGUCCCCGCAGAGGCUGUCUAGCCAAGCGUCCAGACCCACCAGGUCCCCCAGCGGCAGCGGCUCUAGGAGUCGAUCCUCCAGUAGUGACUCCAUCAGCAGCAGCAGCAGCACCAGCACUGACAGUAGCGACUCCAGCAGCACGGCCAGUGAUGACUCUCCGGCCCGCUCAGUUCAGUCGGCUGCAGUUCCCGCACCCACUUCCCAGUUGCUUUCGUCUCUUGAAAAGGAUGAGCCCCGGAAAAGUUUUGGGAUCAAAGUUCAGAAUCUUCCAGUCCGCUCUACAGAUACAAGCCUUAAAGAUGGCCUUUUCCAUGAGUUUAAGAAGUUUGGCAAGGUGACUUCAGUGCAGAUCCACGGGACCUCCGAGGAGAGGUAUGGCCUGGUGUUCUUCCGGCAGCAAGAGGACCAAGAAAAAGCACUGACUGCAUCGAAGGGAAAGCUCUUCUUUGGCAUGCAGAUCGACGUGACUGCAUGGGUAGGACCAGAGACGGAGAGUGAAAAUGAGUUUCGGCCCUUGGACGAGAGGAUAGAUGAAUUCCACCCCAAAGCAACGAGAACUCUUUUUAUUGGGAACCUUGAAAAAACGACUACUUACCACGACCUUCGAAACAUUUUUCAGCGCUUUGGAGAAAUCGUGGACAUUGAUAUUAAGAAAGUGAAUGGAGUCCCUCAGUAUGCGUUCCUGCAGUACUGUGACAUUGCUAGUGUGUGUAAGGCUAUCAAGAAGAUGGACGGAGAGUACCUUGGAAAUAACCGCCUCAAGCUGGGUUUUGGAAAGAGCAUGCCUACCAACUGUGUGUGGUUAGAUGGGCUUUCUUCAAAUGUGUCUGACCAGUACUUGACACGGCAUUUCUGCAGAUAUGGGCCUGUGGUAAAGGUGGUGUUUGACCGCUUGAAAGGCAUGGCUCUGGUUCUCUACAGCGAGAUUGAGUAUGCACAAGCAGCUGUCAAGGAGACCAAGGGCAGGAAAAUUGGUGGGAAUAAGAUUAAGGUGGACUUUGCAAAUCGGGAAAGCCAACUGGCCUUUUAUCACUGCAUGGAGAAGUCUGGUCAGGAUAUGAGAGAUUUCUAUGAAAUGCUAACAGAGAGAAGAGAGGAACGAAGAGGAUCCUAUGACUACAGUCAAGAUCGGACAUACUAUGAAAGUGUCCGCACUCCAGGCACCUACCCUGAGGACUCCAGGAGGGACUAUCCAGCUCGGGGGAGAGAGUUUUACUCAGAAUGGGAGACGUACCAAGGAGAGUAUUAUGAGUCCCGGUACUAUGAUGAUCCUCGAGAAUAUAGAGAAUAUAGGAGUGAUCCUUAUGAACAAGAUAUUCGGGAAUACAGCUAUAGGCAGAGAGAACGAGAGCGAGAACGGGAGAGAUUUGAAUCUGACCGGGACCAUGAGAGGAGACCCAUUGAGCGAAGUCAGAGUCCCGUGCAUUUGCGUCGUCCACAGAGCCCUGGGGUGUCUCCUGCACAUUCGGAGAGAUUGCCAAGUGACUCUGAGAGGAGGCUGUACCGCCGGUCCUCAGAGCGGAGUGAAAGCUGCAGCUCCGUGUCUCCCCCACGGUACGAUAAACUGGAGAAGGCUCGGUUGGAACGCUAUACAAAAAAUGAAAAAACAGAUAAAGAACGAACUUUUGACCCUGAGAGGGCAGAGAGGGAGAGACGAAUAAUUCGCAAGGAGAAGGUAGAAAAGGACAAACCUGACAGGCAGAAGCGAAAAGGGAAAGCUCGUUCCCCUAGUUCUCAGUCUUCUGAAGCAGAGCAGGAGAACGACCGGGAGCAGAGCCCUGGGACGCCACGGGGCGCGGCCACACUGAGCAGAGCGAGGGCUGACAAGGAAGGGCCAGCCAAGAACCGCCUGGAGCUUGUACCUUGUGUGGUUCUGACCCGAGUAAAGGAAAAGGAGGGCAAGGUCGUCGACCACCCACCCCCAGAGAAGCUCAAAGCCAGGCUCAGCCAUGAUGCUGCAAAGUCCUCAGCCCUGGACCAGAAAGCUCAGGCCUCUCAGGGGGAGCCUGCCAAGGCGGACUCAUCCAAGGCGGACGCCGCCAGAGGGAAAGCGCUGAGGGAAAAGGCCCUUUCGAGCCACGCAGAGGUCGUGGAUAAGGAGGGCAGGCCUAAGCUCAGGAAGACCCUCAAGCCAGAGCAGGCGCCUGAGCUCAGUGCUCUGGACUUGGAAAAGCUGGAAGCGAGGAAAAGGCGCUUUGCAGAUUCCAGCUUGAAAAUAGAAAAGCAAAAACCAGAAAUCAAGAAAAUCAGCCCUGAGACAGAGGAUACUCGCGUACUUUUAAAGAAGCAGUCUGACACGUCGAGAGAUGGUGUUUCACUGAGGGAAGGAGAGUCUGAAAGAAAGCCUGUGAGAAAAGAAAUCCUUAAAAGGGAAUCAAAAAAAACUAAGCUGGAAAGACUCAAUUCAGCUCUCAGCCCCAAAGACUGCCAGGAGCCUGCUGCUGUCCCCACAGGGCCUGGCGCUCGGCCCAGCACAGACGCACACGCAGGACUGGGAGAACCAGUGCACGGACCUGUGGAGACUCAAGAAGCCCAGCCCAAAAAAACCAUCCCCUCCAAACCUCAGCCCAAACAGCUGCAGCUCCUAGAGAAUCAAGGGCCUGAGAAAGAGGAAGUGAGGACAAACUACUGCCGGCCUCGAGAGGAACUAGCAGAGCACAAAGCAGGCCAGGAGAAGCCACAUGGAGGGAGUGCUGAAGAGAAACUUGGCAUUGACAUUGAUCACACGCAAAGCUACCGAAAGCAGAUGGAGCAGAGUCGCCGAAAGCAGCGGCUGGAGAUGGAGAUAGCCAAGGCUGAGAAGUCUGGAAGUCCCAAGAAAGAUGUAGAUGAAUACGAAAGGCGCAGCCUGGUCCACGAGGUGGGCAAGCCCCCUCAGGAUGUCACUGAUGACUCCCCGCCCAGCAAGAAGCGAAGGACGGACCACGUAGAUUUUGAUAUCUGUACCAAAAGAGAGAGAAAUUACCGAAGUUCCCGACAGAUCAGUGAGGACUCAGAAAGAACCAGCUGUUCUCCGAGUGUCCGCCAUGGCUCCUUCCAUGAAGAUGAUGACCCCAUGGGUUCCCCUAGGCUAAUGUCAGUAAAAGGGUCACCUAAAGUGGAUGAAAAAGGCCUCCCCUAUUCUAAUGUAACAGUGAGAGAAGACCCAUUAAAAUGUAAUCCUUAUGAUUCUGGCAAGAGAGAACAGGCAGCAGACAUGGCCAAAAUAAAGCUGUCUGUCUUGAAUUCUGAAGGUGAACCAAAUCGUUGGGACCCUCAGAUGAAACAGGACCCUAGCCGGUUUGAUGUCAGUUUCCCAAACAGUGUAAUUAAGAGAGACAGUCUACGAAAGAGGUCUGUGCGUGACCUGGAGCCUGGCGAGGUGCCCUCUGAUUCUGAUGAGGACGCUGAGCAUAGGUCCCAGUCCCCCAGAGCUUCCACCUUCUAUGACAGCCCUCGGUUGUCUUUUUUAUUGAGGGACAGAGACCAAAAACUACGUGAGCGAGAUGAAAGACUCUCUAGUUCUUUAGAAAGGAAUAAAUUUUAUUCUUUUGCACUGGACAAGACAAUCACACCAGACACUAAAGCUUUGCUUGAAAGAGCCAAAUCCCUCUCAUCAUCCCGUGAAGAAAAUUGGUCUUUCCUUGACUGGGACUCCCGGUUUGCUAAUUUUCGAAACAACAAAGAUAAAGAAAAGGUCGACUCGGCCCCCAGACCUAUUCCAUCCUGGUACAUGAAGAAGAAGAAAAUCAGGACGGACUCAGAGGGGAAACUGGAUGAUAAGAAGGACGAGCACAGGGAGGAGGAGCAGGAGAGGCAGGAGUUGUUUGCCUCGCGGUUCUUACACAGCUCCAUCUUUGAGCAAGAUUCCAAGCGGCUGCAGCACCUUGAGAGGAAGAGCGAGGAGUCUGACUUUGCUCCCGGGAGGCUGUACGGCCGGCAGGCAUCUGAGGGUGCAAACAGCACAAGUGACUCGGUCCAGGAGCCAGUGGUUCUGUUCCACAGCAGAUUCAUGGAGCUCACACGGAUGCAGCAGAAGGAGAAGGAGAAGGACCAGAAGCCCAAAGAGGCUGAGAAGCAGGAGGAUCCAGAGACUCAUCCCAAAACUCCAGAACCUGCCACGGAGACUAAAGAGCUGGAGCCGAAAGCCCCCGUUUCAGCUGGGCUUCCUGCUGUUAGCGCCGUGACGCCAGAACCAGCUUCCUCGGCACCAGAGAAAGCUGAGGAGACAGCAGAGACUCCUUCACUGGCAGGAGAGAAGCUCGUGGAGCCCACUCCUGUCUUGGAAGAAACAAAGCUUGUAUGUGAGCCGGCUUCUGUGUCCGUGGAACAGCUCAAGCAGGUGGACGUACCCCCUGGAGAGGACAGCCGUGACAGCGCUGCUGUGGCACCUUCGGCUCCUCAAGAAAAUGCAACUACUGACGCUGUCCCUUGUGUGGAUGCCGAGCCUCUGACCCCCGGAACCACAGCUUCCCAGGUAGAAAGCAAUGUAGACCCAAAACCCAGCAGUCCCCAGCCACUUUCAAAAUUGACUCAGAGGUCUGAGGAAGCCGAAGAACCUGACGUGGAGAAGCCAGAUACAACUCCAAGCACUGAGCCUGACACCACUCAGAAAGCUGGAGUCCUGUCAGAAGUUCAGCCCCCAGCUUCUGAAGAUGUAGAAGCUAAUCCUCCAGUCACUGCAAAAGACAGGAAGACCAACAAAAGCAAGCGCGCCAAGACGUCCAUCCAGGCAGCUGCCGCAAGCGUCAUGGAGAAGCCUGUCACCAGGAAGAGCGAGAGGAUAGACCGGGAAAAGCUGAAACGGUCCAGCUCUCCUCGUGGGGAAGCACAGAAGCUGUUAGAACUAAAGAUGGAGGCAGAGAAGAUCACAAGGACUGCGUCUAAAAGCUCUGGGGGAGACACGGAGCACCCAGAGCCUAGCUUGCCUCUCAGCAGAACCAGGCGCCGGAAUGUGAGGAGUGUGUAUGCCACCAUGACUGACCACGAAAGCCGGUCUCCAGCCAAAGAGCCUACUGAGCAGCCCAGAGUGACUAGAAAGAGGCUGGAGCGGGAGCUACAGGAGGCCGUGGUACCUCCUUCUACCCCUCGGAGAGGAAGGCCUCCCAAAACCCGCCGGCGUGCCGAAGAGGGUGGUGAACAUGGGAGAAAAGAGCCGGCAGAAACUCCCAGGCCCGCUGAGGGCUGGAGGUCGCCGAGGUCUCAGAAAGUGGCAGCUGCUGGUGGGCCCCAGGGAAAAAGGGGGAGAAACGAGCAAAAAGUUGAGGCCGCUGCCGAGGCCAGUGCCCAGGUGAGCACGAGGGAAGGUAACUCUAAGGCCAGAGCUGAUAGAGAAGCAGCAAGUGAGGCAAAACGCGACAGGAGAGACCCCAGCACACACAAAAACGGACCUGACACCUUCCCAGUUGAGGUCGUGGGGAGAAAACCUCCUGAGAAAACCUACAAAUCAAAGAGAGGCCGUGCUCGGAGCACCAGGUCGGGGAUGGACAGAGCCGCACAUCUGAAAAGCCUGGAAAUGGCUGCCAGGGCAACAGGGCAAGCCAUAGACAAGGAAGCCGGGCCUGUGGUGGUCUCUCCUCAGAAAAGUGAGAGCCCCCAGAAGGGAAGUGGCUCCUCCCCUCGGCUGGGAAACAACCCAGCUGAUCCUGACAAGGAAGCACAGAAGGAAAAUGUGUCUGCCACCACGGUGUCCCAAGAAGCCACUCAGCUAGCCAAGCAGAUGGAACUGGAGCAGGCUGUGGAGAACAUCGCAAAGCUCCCCGAGCCCUCCACUGGUGCUGCUGACAAGGGCACAGCCACAGGAGCGGCUGAAGAGCCUGCCACUGGGCGUGGCCACAAGCCAGCACACCAGGCAAGCGAAACUGAAUUGGCUGCGGCCAUUGGCUCCAUCAUCAAUGACAGCUCUGGAGAGCCAGAGAACUUCUCUGCUUCUCCUUCUGUUCCCCCAGGAUCUCAGACACACCCACAGGAAGAAAUGGAGCCAGGACCCCAUGAAGCCCUGUCAGGAAUCUUGGAGGCAGAAGCAGCAACAGAAUCCUCUGCCCCACAAGUCAGUGCGUCGGAGCCACCAGAAGGCUCUGCAGACACCAAGGAAGCCAGAGGAGACGGCAGUGACUCUGUACAGGAAGCCAAAGGGUCGAAAGUGGAAGUCACUCCUCCCCGGAAGGACAAAGGGCGCCAAAAGACAACCCGACGUCGGAAAAGGAAUGCCAACAAGAAAGUGGUGGCUGUCACAGAGACUCGAGCCCCUGAGGCCGAGCAGGCUCAAAGUGAGAGCCCUGCUGCCAAUGAGCCGGUGGCAGCCCCCCCUGAAGCUCCCCAGGAAGAGAAACAGUGCGAGAAGCCUCACUCCCCUCAUGGCGAGUGCACUUCUGACCCAAGCAAGACCCCUCCUGCUGAGAGUCUGUCCCAGGACAACAGUGUUGAAGAAAAGACUCCAUGCAAAGCCCCCGCACCUCCUGACCUGCCCCCCCUUUCCCAGCCAGCACUGAUGGAUGAUGAACCCCAAGCCAGGUUCAAGGUGCAUUCAAUCAUUGAAAGUGAUCCCGUGACCCCACCCAGUGACUCGAGCAUACCUCCACCCACAAUUCCUUUAGUGACCAUAGCAAAGCUCCCACCUCCUGUCAUUCCUGGGGGAGUCCCACAUCAAAGUCCCCCUCCUAAGGUGACAGAGUGGAUCACAAGACAGGAAGAGCCUCGGGCUCAGUCUACCCCAUCUCCGGCUCUUCCCCCAGACACAAAAGCCUCUGAUGUGGACACCAGCUCCAGUACACUGAGGAAGAUCCUCAUGGACCCCAAAUAUGUAUCUGCCACAGGCAUUACUUCCACAAGUGUCACUCCAGCCAUUGCAGAGCCCGUGAGUGCCCCGUGUCUGCAGGAGGCGCCAGCCCCUCCUUGUGAACCCAAGCAUCCCCCGUCAGAAGAAAAAUCAGCAGCCAUGGGAUCAAAUGCUGACACACAAGCCUCAGAGGUUCCAGUGGCUGCUGACAAAGAGAAGCUGGCUCCAGUCAUUGCCCCUAAAAUCACAUCUGUGAUUAGCCGGAUGCCCGUUAGCAUUGACCUGGAGAACUCACAGAAGAUAACGUUGGCAAAGCCAGCUCCUCAGACCCUGACUGGCCUGGUGAGUGCCCUGACUGGUCUGGUGAAUGUCUCCCUGGUCCCGGUGAAUGCCUUAAAGGGUCCUGUGAAGGGCUCAGUAGCCACCCUGAAAGGUUUGGUGAGCACCCCUGCUGGGCCCGUGAAUCUGCUAAAGGGGCCCGUGAAUGUCCUCACUGGGCCUGUUAAUGUCCUGACCACUCCAGUGAGUGCCACAGUGGGCACGGUGAACGCUGCCCCUGGCCCCGUGACUGCUGCCUGUGGCGUGACGGCCACUACAGGCACAGCAGCCAUGACAGGUGCAGUGCCUGCCCCAGCAGCAAAGGGCAAGCAGAGGGCAAGCAGCAGUGAGAACAGCCGCUUCCACCCUGGCUCCAUGUCAGUCAUUGAUGACCGGCCAGCAGAUGCCGGCUCUGGUGCAGGCCUGCGUGUGAAUACUUCAGAAGGGGUGGUGCUUCUGAGCUACUCGGGACAGAAGACGGAAGGCCCACAGCGGGUCAGUGCCAAGAUCAGCCGGAUCCCUCCGGCCAGUGCAGUGGACAUGGAGUUUCAGCAGUCUGUAUCGAAGUCCCAAGUGAAAGCAGACUCCGUCACCCCCACCCAGUCUGCACCCAAAGGCCCUCAGACCCCUUCAGCCUUCGCAAAUGUGGCCGCCCAUUCUACCCUGGUGCUGACUGCCCAGACGUACAAUGCCUCUCCUGUGAUCUCCUCUGUGAAGACGGACCGUCCAUCCUUGGAGAAGCCUGAGCCCAUUCACCUCUCAGUGUCCACGCCUGUCACCCAAGGUGGCACAGUGAAGGUCCUCACCCAGGGCAUCAACACACCCCCAGUGCUGGUUCACAACCAACUAGUCCUCACCCCUAGCAUAGUCACCACUAACAAGAAACUUGCUGACCCUGUCACUCUGAAAAUAGAGACCAAGGUCCUUCAGCCAGCUAACCUGGGGCCCACCCUCACUCCCCAUCACCCUCCUGCCCUGCCCAGCAAACUGCCUGCAGAAGUGAACCAUGUUCCUUCUGGACCCAGCAACCCAGCAGAUCGAACCAUCGCUCACUUGGCAACCACAAAACCAGAUACUCAUUCUCCUCGACCUCCUGGGCCUCCACCAGGCGCGUUCCCUAGGGCGUGCCACCCCAGCAGCACGACAUCCACAGCGCUUUCCACCAAUGCCACUGUCAUGCUGGCUGCGGGCAUUCCGGUGCCACAGUUCAUCUCCAGUAUACACCCAGAGCAGUCUGUCAUCAUGCCCCCCCACAGCAUCACUCAGACGGUGUCCCUCGGUCACCUCUCACAAGGUGAGGUGAGAAUGAGCACUCCCACCUUGCCCAGCAUCACCUACAGCAUCCGGCCAGAAACACUGCACUCUCCUCGGGCCCCUCUGCAGCCCCAGCAGGUAGAGGCGAGGGCCCCACAGCGUGUGAGCACACCCCAGCCAGCCACAACUGGUGUGCCUGCUCUGGCCACACAGCACCCUCCUGAGGAAGAAGUUCACUAUCACCUCCCUGUGGCUCGAGCUGCAGCCCCUGUGCAGUCGGAAGUGCUGGUCAUGCAGUCCGAGUACCGGUUGCACCCAUACACUGUUCCCCGGGACGUGCGGAUCAUGGUACAUCCACAUGUGACUGCUGUCAGUGAACAGCCAAGGGCCACAGAGGGGGUGGUGAAGGUGCCACCAGCCAACAAGGUGAAGGAAGCGGUUAAGACUUCAGAUGCCAAGACAGUCCCGGCUCCAGCCCCUGUGCCUGUCCCGGUUCCUGUCCCUACCCCCGCCCCACCCCCUCAUGGUGAAGCCCGCAUUCUCACAGUCACACCCAGCAGCCAGCUUCAGGGGCUGCCUCUGACCCCACCUGUGGUUGUAACCCACGGGGUGCAGAUUGUGCACUCCAGUGGUGAGCUGUUCCAAGAAUACAGGUAUGGUGACAUCCGCACCUACCAUGCCCCCGCUCAGCUCACACAUACUCAGUUUCCUGUCGCCUCCUCCAUCAACCUACCCUCCAGGACCAAGACUUCUUCUGCCCAGGGGCCCCCUGAAGGUGAGCCCUUGCCGUCCACGCAGCCUGCACAGCCUGCCCCGUCUACGCAGUCCACGCAGCCCGUGCCACCCACCCCACCCUGCCAGCCCUCCCAACUCAGCCAGCCUGCCCAGCCACCGAGUGGCAAGAUUCCUCAGGUCUCUCAAGAAGCAAAGGGGACGCAGACAGGAGGGGUGGAGCAGACUCGUCUCCCAGCCAUCCCCGCAAACAGGCCACCUGAGCCGCAUGCUCAGGUUCAGAGGCCGCCCAUGGAAACAGCCCAGCCAGCCCACCCCUCCCCUGUGUCAGUCUCCAUGAAGCCGGACCUCCCAAGCCCUCUUUCCUCUCAGGCUGCCCCAAAGCAGCCAUUGUUUGUCCCUGCAAACUCAGGCACAAGCACCCCACCUGGACUGGCUCUGCCUCAUGCCGAAGCCCAGCCAGCCCCCAAACAAGACUCUUCUCCACACAUGACACCACAACGGCCUGUGGAUAUGGUCCAGCUGCUGAAGAAGUACCCCAUCGUGUGGCAGGGCCUGUUAGCCCUCAAGAACGACACGGCUGCUGUGCAACUCCACUUCGUCUCUGGCAACAAUGUCCUGGCUCAUCGGUCCCUGCCUCUCUCUGAAGGUGGUCCCCCACUGAGAAUCGCCCAGAGGAUGCGACUAGAGGCCUCUCAGCUGGAAGGGGUUGCCAGGAGGAUGACAGUGGAAACAGACUACUGCCUGUUGCUGGCUCUGCCCUGUGGCCGUGACCAGGAGGAUGUGGUGAGCCAGACCGAGUCCCUCAAGGCUGCCUUCAUCACAUACCUGCAGGCCAAGCAAGCAGCAGGGAUCAUCAACGUUCCCAACCCUGGCUCCAAUCAGCCCGCCUAUGUGCUGCAGAUCUUCCCACCCUGUGAGUUCUCCGAGAGUCACCUCUCCCGGCUGGCCCCUGACCUCCUUGCUAGCAUCUCCAACAUCUCUCCCCACCUCAUGAUUGUCAUUGCCUCAGUGUGAGGCUCCGAAUGGUCACCACCUCAGGGCAUUUUCCUGAGGCUCUGCUGCAAAAAAAAAAAAUAACGAACACCGUGGACAACCUAGCCAGGCAGAGGGGAGGCUGCUGAAGGGGCAGACUGCCAGGCGCCAGCAGCCGGCCUCGUGCCCACCCGCCCUCGCGCCCGCCCAGCUCUAUGGAUAGACCUCCUGGGGGGGGCGGCGGGGGUGGUGCUGCUUGUAUGUUUACAUGAAUUCUCGCCCAGGACAGACCACCAACCCAUAGACUCGCAGAAACCUUAGGGGCUGGGUGUCUCUCCUCACUUGGAGAAAAGGAACCGGGCCGUGGGAUUCUUCUGUUUUUGUUAAACAGAAUAGAACAGCCUUUGCACUAAAUUAGUGACUCGCACAGUGAACACAGGCUGCUCUCGACGUGUGUGCAUGAGCACGCGUGGACUCUCGUGCAGGACUUGGGACUUGUGCUGAAGCCUUGGGGUCAAGGAACAUUUCAGUGGGUUUUUGCCCCAUCUCCUCUUCCUGUCCCCUGCUCAUCGAGCGUGUCAUCUUUCUUAAUUCUCCUGCCGCCACUACCACCUUCAACUCAUUGGAUGUAGUUUACACAGUUGAGUAAAGGCGAACAGGAUUUUCUUUCUUGGUCGGCUGUGCAGAACUCGGGAUGUGUAUAUAUAAAUAUAUAAUAUAUAUAAAUAUAUAUAAUACUGACUUAAAUCAAAUUUCCCUGACAUACAUUUUUUUUAAUCUGUGCCAAAAAUGUGUUUUCAAAGAAAAUCUUAUUUUCAUACUCAGACUUUGUACCGUCGUCACUCAUUUGUAUAAGUGCGCUCCAUUACUGCACGGGUCCUGCCCCCGCAGCGUGGAAGCGUCACGUAGCACCUGUACAGAAGACCUGGCCACUCCACUUCCUGUGACCCGGACCUCUCCCUGACUUCCUAACACUUAUUAAUUUAUGGAACUGUUUUUCUCAGCGCAGUUUUGUUCUGUGUGUCCAUUGGAUUACAAACUUUAUUAAAAAAUACAAAACAC